AUGCUUGAGGUACAACUGUCAUUUACUAUAGUUGAAGCAUCAUUUAAUCGUCUGUGUUCAAUAGUUUAUCAUACAAAACUCUAUUUAAAUACAAAAAGAUGGGCAAUAAUAUCCAUUGCAACUCAGUGGGCUUUUGGUAUUGUUCUUACAAUACCAAUUAUUUUAUUUAAUCAAUCAAAUUGUGAUCAACAAUUAUGGAAAAGAAUUUAUAAAUAUGUGAUGGUUGUAAUUAUUCCAUCAAUAAUCUGCUUGAUGAAUAAUAUGAUGAUUUUCAAGUAUGCUCGUUCUUCAACAAAUCGUAUUCAAACAUCAUUAGAAGGUGCAAAGAAUAACGCACAGCAACGUCAACAUCUUAGUCGUCGUGAUUUACAUUUACUUCGACAUAUGAUUGUUAUGUUUUGCAUAUUUGUUGUAGGGUGGAGUCCGAUUUAUUUAUAUGCAAUUAUUGCUGUUCAAUUCUCUUUUAGUUCAAUAAUACUUUCAAUGUUUAUUAUAUCAGCUCUAUUAUCUGUAUUGGUUGUUAUAAGUAAUCUAUUUUUGUAUAAUCAUGAAUUACGACGAUAUUAUCGAGAGAAAAUAUAUCAUGGUCAUUAA